AUGGGUAAUAAUCAAGGUGGACUUCAUAAGCGAGAGCGUGCUCUCGAUGGACAACAACGUGCACGACAGUGGGCGACUGGCAGUAUCUCUGGUGGUAGUGGUGCAUCGGGUCAUAUGAUGAAUAGUGGCGGUACGACGGAAGAUGGAUGUCCUGUACAAGUAAAAAUUGCAAAAAGCGAUGGUUCUAUUUCAACACCAAGUAUCCAGUUUUCUGAAGCAAAUGAAUAUCCGGUGGUUUUUAAAUGGCAAGGAGGAAGUCAGGCAGGCGGAGUUUACAUAUCCGGUUCUUGGGAUGGCUGGAAAAAGAUGACACCAUUAUGCAGAUCUACUCAGGAUUUUUCAACCAUCAUUAACUUGAAUCCUGGAAGACAUGAAUAUAAAUUUUUUAUUGAUGGAAAAUGGGUAGUCGACGAGAACGCUGCGAAAACUGACAACAAAUUUGGUAGUCAAAAUAAUGUCAUCGCAAUUGAUGAAGCAGACUUCGAAGUCUUCGAUGCACUUGAUCGUGAUUUAGCAUCUUCAAAUGCUGGAGAAGCGAUGAGGAAGGUAAAUAUGACUGGUGCACCACCUUCCUCACAUGAUACACCUAAUGAACGCGAAAUUGAAAAGUUGAAAAACUUUACUCAGGAAAUACCAGAUCGUAGAGAGUUCGAAAAGGCUCAGAAUCCACCGGUUUUACCACCUCAUCUUCUGCAGGUGAUUCUCAAUAAGGACACGCCCAUGCAAUGUGACCCAAAUGUAUUACCGGAACCAAACCAUGUAAUGCUGAAUCAUCUUUAUGCGUUGUCAAUUAAGGAUGGUGUUAUGGUACUUUCUGCAACUCAUCGUUAUCGAAAGAAAUAUGUGACAACGUUACUUUAUAAACCAAUUUAA